AUGGACCGCGAGGCGCUCCGCAUGAUGUGCUCGACGCAGUUCUGGCGGAUGGCCGUCCUCUGGGCCCUCUCCCUCCUCCACUCCUACCUCCUCGUGUUCCUCCGCGGCCGGGCGGCCGCCCCUCGCCGCCGGCAGCCCCGGCCCGCCGAAGGCCGCUGUCCCAUCUGCGUCGUCACGGGGGCGACGUCGGGGCUGGGCAGGGCGGCGGCGGCGGCGCUCGCGCGGGAGGGCUACCACGUCGUGCUUGCUGGACGUUCCACGCAGUUCUUACACGAGGUAUUAUGUAGAGAUCUUUCACUAGAUGUUGUUAUUGCUACUGUUUACUCUUUGUCGUCAUUGUCACACCCUGUGAAGCAGACUGUUCAAGAAAUUCAGAGGCAACAGCCAGAUGCCUAUCUCAAAGAGUUUCAGGUCGACUUGGCAUCCUUCAAGUCAAUUAAGAAGUUUGGAAGUUCUCUCAAGCAAUGGGUUCAGGAGAAAAAUUUGGAGCCUUCUAUUCAGCUUUUGGUAAAUAAUGCUGGAAUAUUAGCGAGGUCGCAUCGAAUUACUGAGGAUGGUCUUGAUGAGAUGAUACAGACAAACUACAUUGGUCCAUUUUUGCUGACCAACAUUCUUUUACCAUUGCUGAAGAACAGCUCGGUACCUUCUCGAGUGGUUAAUCUAACUUCUUUCACACACAGGUGUGUGUCAGGUAUUGAUGUAUGCGAGGAUGCAUUGAGAGGGAUGAAAUUUGGCCGGUGCUCAGUAGGGGAAAGUUACCCCUUAGCUUCUACUUAUGAGUAUACCAAGCUUUGUAUGCUGAUGUUCUCAUAUGAACUACAUCGACAGCUUCACAUGUCAUCUGGUGUCUCUGUAAUUGCUGCUGAUCCUGGUGUUGUGGAAACAAAGAUCAUGCGAGAGCUUCCUCAAUGUCUCUCUUGGUUCGCAUUUUUGGCUCUGCGCUCCCUUAAACUCCUGCAGAAACCUGAUACAGGGGUUGGUGCUGUCCUUGAUGCUGCUUUGGCGCUGCCUGAAGAAUCUGGGAAGUAUUUCUUUGGUGGGAAAGGGAAAACGAUCAGAUCGUCCCGACUGUCCUAUGACACCAAAGUAGCCAAGAAGCUGUGGGCAGAAUCGUCAGCAGUGUUCAAGGAGCUGCAGCUUAGAGGAGGCGAUUUUAGGGAUAGUUAA